ACCAGGCCCACGGAAACUGUUCCCCGGCUCCCGCAGUCCUCCUGAGCCGGAGCCCUCGACUCUUCGCGGCGCACGACGCGCACUCUCUCCCCUCUCCUCCCCGCCACGGGGCGGCGGCGGUUGAACUACCCGCUGAGGUGAAUGAGCGUCGCCGCCCCCGGAGGCCGCGGUUCGGGCGGGGGGCCCGCUUCCCCGCCAGGCGCAGCCCCCGUGGGGCGGGCCAGGCCCCCCGCACGGAGCUCCGCUUAGAGGCUCGCUGCUUUCCCUCCUCCCUGCUCUCUCUCCCGCAGCCCCACAGGGAACGGAGGGGGAGGGGCGUGCAGCGCAGCGACGCGGCCCCCUCUCGGCAUGUCCGCGGCCGCCCCGCAGCCACCACUUCGGGGUGCGGAGAAGCCCAGUGCCGGGGCCCGGUUGCCUGAAGAGAACCACCAGGAGCAGCUCCUGCUUCCUUCCGGCCAAGUAGCCGAAGCCCUCCGGGAAGGCGGCUGUGGUGAGGGGCUACAACCGCAAGAGGACGACGACGAGGACAACAACGACAAGUGGCAGCGGGGGCGGCAGCAGCAGCAGCCUCACGUGGUCGAGGCCCCCCCGCCGAAGGAGAACCCCUGGACCCGUUGGAAGGCUCCCCCCGAGGCCUCUGGCAGUAGCUCAUCCCCGUCCAGCGCUUCCGCCGGCAGCGAGUUCGGCCCACAGGACCCGGAAUUACAGAGUUCUGCUAAAGUCAUAAAGGCUGGAAAAUUGAAGAUAAAGAAAUCGAAUAAGGCAAAUGACUUUAGUGAUGCAACAAAUUGGCCAACACCAAGUGAAAUUGCAAAUUCUGAAUGUAAAAAUAUAACUAAUCAAAAUAAAAAAACUCCAAUCAAGAAGGAGAAAGAAGAUAAAAAUGAAAAGAAGAGUAAUAACAAAAUCAAGGACAACUUGGAAAUAAAUCCAGAUAUUCCUGGAGAAAAUAUUAGUGAAGAUGAGGCUCAAAUUAACAAUCAAAGGAAAAAAGGUAACAAGCACAAAUGGGUGCCACUUCAUUUAGAUGAUAUGAAGCCAGAUAACCAAGAUAGACCAGGAUCUCGGAAUAGUUCAAGAUCUCAACCGGAAACUAGCAAACUUGUGCCUCACAACAACAGACGCAGUGAGACAAGAACUAGCUGGCGACGGGAUCGGGAAAAACGAGAUGAUCAUGAUGAAGUCUCUAGUGUGAGAAGUGAAGGUGGCAGUGUUCGAGGAUUUUACAGAGGAAGAGGGAGAGGCAGGGGAAGAGGAAGAGGACGUGGAAGAGGAAACCCUCGAAUGAACCAUGAGUAUUCAUAUGGCUACCGAGAACAAUAUAGCGAAAGGACCGAUCAGCCAUUUCAGCCAGAUCUUAACACUAGUAUGAUGUAUUACUACGACGAUGGAACAGGAGUGCAGAUGUAUUCGGUGGAUGAAACACUACUUAAAGAAUACAUUAAACGCCAAAUUGAGUAUUAUUUCAGUGUAGAAAACUUGGAAAGAGAUUUCUUUUUGAGGAGAAAGAUGGACCAGCAAGGGUUCUUGCCAAUUUCUUUGAUUGCCAGCUUCCACCGUGUGCAGGCUCUCACUACAAAUGUUAAUCUAAUAUUAGAGGCCUUAAAGGACAGUACAGAAGUAGAAAUAGUAGAUCAGAAGAUGAGGAAAAGGGUAGAACCAGAAAAAUGGCCAAUUCCAGGGCCUUCUCCACGCAAUCUUCCACAAACAGACUUUUCUCAACUUAUUAACUGCCCAGAAUUCAUACCGGGCAAAGUUUUUGGUUCGUAUACUGAAUCUGCACCAAGCUCUCCAAGAAUGGGCAGUCUAAGUAUUAAGAAAAACAAUGAGACAAGUAACCUUCAAACAAUGUCUAAAGGAUUAUCUACAAGCUUGCCAGAUCUGGAUUCUGAAACUUGGAUAGAAGUAAAAAAAAGACAUCGUCCAUCCCCAGCUAAGCCAAAGGAAUCUGUGCCUACACUUGAAGAAGUGUUGGGGCAACAGCAGCCGCUGCCGCCGCCUUCAGAGGAACAAGAACAGGAAGAGCUUGAUUUUUUGUUCGAUGAAGAGAUGCAGCCAAUAGAGGGCCGCAAAAAUACAUUCACAGAAUGGUCAGACAGUGAUUCAGAUUAUGAAAUUGAUGAUCAAGAUUUAAAUAAGAUCUUGAUUGUAACACAGACACCACCAUAUAUGAGAAAACAUCCUGGAGGAGAUCGCACUGGCAACCAUGUGUCACGGGCAAAAAUUACAUCAGAACUUGCCAAAGUUAUUAAUGAUGGCUUAUACUACUAUGAACAGGAUUUGUGGAUGGAGCAGACUGAAAAUGACUGUGUUGCUAUGAAGCAAGAAGUUGAAAAUUUUAAAAAGUUAAAUCUCAUCAGUAAAGAGGAAUUUGACAAUCUUACACCUGAGCAUAUUGUUGAUCCAAAUCAGGAAAUUCCUCCAGGUCCUUCAAGAUCUCAAGAAGAUGUAACUGAAGAGCUGGCUUGUAAAUUGUUUGGCAUCCAAGAAAUACCUCCAAGUACAAUGGCUCGCUCACUGCCAACAGCUGUUCCUGAAUCUCCUAGAGUUCACCCUACUAGAACACCCAAAACACCUCGUACUCCAAGACUGCAGGAUCCUAACAAAACACCAAGAUUCUAUCCUGUGGUUAAAGAAGCAAGAUCCAUUGAUGUUAAGACACGAAGGAAAAGAAAAACACGGCAUAGUACAAACCCUCCAUUAGAAAGUCAUGUUGGCUGGGUAAUGGACUCCAAGGAUCAUAGGCCAAGAACAUCUUCUAUAAGCAGUUCAAAUGCAUCACCUCUGGAAGGUGCUCCACUAUCAGGAAGUUAUGGGUGUACCCCUCAUUCACUUCCCAAAUUUCAGCAUCCGUCUCAUGAACUUCUAAAGGAAAAUGGUUUUACACAGCAAGUGUACCACAAGUAUCGCCGUAGAUGCCUAAAUGAAAGAAAACGGUUGGGAAUUGGCCAGUCUCAAGAAAUGAACACUCUCUUUCGUUUCUGGUCCUUUUUCCUCAGAGACCACUUUAACAAGAAAAUGUAUGAAGAAUUCAGGCAACUUGCUCUAGAUGAAGCAAAAGAACACUACAGAUAUGGUCUGGAAUGUUUGUUCCGGUUUUACAGCUAUGGGCUGGAAAAAAAAUUCAGGCAAGAGAUCUUUAAAGACUUUCAAGAAGAAACAAAGAGAGACUAUGAAUCUGGUCAACUCUAUGGACUAGAAAAAUUUUGGGCUUAUCUAAAGUAUUCACAGUCUAAAACUCCACCUAUUGAUCCUGAACUUCAGGAAUACCUCUGUAACUUUAAAAGAUUGGAAGACUUCAGAGUUGAUCCUCCCAUUAAUGAAGAAUCUGGGAGAAAAAGGCAUUCAACUGGGGAGGAAAGCGAUCGUCGUAAACAUCAGUCCAAUUCUCCUUACAAGAUCCUUGCCGGUAAUUCCACAGCUGCCUCUCAGGUGUGGGUUCCAAUAAAUUUUCCCACUACAAAUACUGUACAGGAGUUGAGUAACAGCAUACACCAGAACAGUACUGCCACAAAAUCAAGAAGUGAUAAACCUGAGCAGUAGACUUUCAUUAAGCUUGAACCUUGAGAUCAACUCCUAAUGCCAGUGUUUUAGCUCAAGGAUCUUCAGGGAGAGCUAUUUUAAGCUUGAUUAAAAACAAAAUGUAUAGGAAAACUAAGGAUCGCAUUUGCUUUCUCACAAGAUAGUUCCAACUACUUCCUCCCCUUGAUCAGUUGUAUUGGUAUAGGGAUCAUUGGAGAGAUCCUAAGGAAAUAUCUUUUAGUCGGUGUUGCUGUCCCUGACUUAUUGUUUACAGGAACUGCAUUCCACUACAAUAUGCAAAAAAUACUUUGGGAUGCCUUACAGUCCAGCUCAUUCUUCUUAAAGAAGUUAUGGUGUACUUAUGUUAACAUAGAUUGUUUUUAUCAUUCAAAUUUUCCAUCAUUAUUUCUACUUAAGAAGAGCCAAAAAAAAAACCAGGACAUUUUUUUUUAAUGGAGAGAAAUUAUUUAAGUUGGUAAAUUCAUAUAUUACUAUCAACAUCAACUUGUUGUCUUUGUAACAAUACAUGCACACUCCAUGCUGUAUAGGACUGUGCACAUUUCUUGGGUGCUGAAAUCUGUUUUGCUUUCUAGUUUGUUUAUUUCAGAAUCUCUGUGAUUUUGGGUUGAGUAUGGAAUUUUGAGUUAGGCAUCAAUCUAAUUUGGUUUUAAGGGUGUUUUCUUUUAUGCUGGUUCUUAUUUGUACUUAAGCAAAUGUAGAUUGCAGAGGGGAAGGGGUAUGACUGUAUUGUCAUAAACUUAGCAAAUUUUAUAUCUGUAAUAUAAGCAGAAGGAUAAAAUGGUGGCUCUCUAAUCACCUUCCAAUUAGAAGAUUUUUCUGUUUAGUUUCUCUUCUAAUAUAAGUGAUUUGCACUUCAAGGAGAGGUUAUUUUUAAAACAUUUAAUUGUAUUUUAAUAUUUGACACUGUUUUAAUUUAACAGGAAAGUAGAAACAAAUGUAGCACUCAUUCUAAAAAUGUUGAUGUCAAAAUGGGUUUGAAUAAAGUUUAAAUUCCAUGCUCCGUUAAGACCAACUGAACUUAAAUUGGUCAAGACAUCACUUUCCUUAAAUGUAAAUGAUUCAUUUAAAUAGUCAUAACUUGUGUUGGGAGGUGGAAGUUAAUAGGAUACAUCACCUGUAAUUUUUGACUAGUUUCAAUUAUUGUGAUUUAAAAUGCUUAGAAUAAGGAAACAGAAGGCCUCCUUUCUUACUGUGGAAGGGGUGGUAGGAAUAGGUGCAUUUUAUUACAUACAGCAAAACAGUGAAAUACUUGGCAGUCUUCACGUAACUUUCUACAAAUAAAGCCUAACACUGUUUGAUGCCUUAUUACUGGGAGAUAUCCUAAGUGAUCCAACAUUUAGUUUAAAUGGAUUUUGUGGUGGAUAUGGUUGAAAUCCAUUACAUUUUUCUUCAUACUGCCUUCUGAAUCUGAAAAGAACAAUUAUGAAUAUAUGUGCAUAUGAAUAUGUGGAUUGCCCAGUAAUUAAUUUCUACAUACAAACAAGCCUUUUAGAAAUGCUCUAUUUUGCAAAGAAACUAGGAAUUGAUGAUACGUAUUUUAUAUAGCAUCUUUUCAGUGUGCUGAAGUUAUACAUCUCAAACCUGUGUUCAAUCUAUGCCACCUCCUCCAUGAAAAUGAUGCAAUUGUAAAUUUGGAUUUAAACUGUAUAUAAAAGAAAUAUAUUUACUUUCAUUACUUUGAAUGAAAUGCGUGCAUAUAAGCUUUUAGUAUGCAUAACUUGUGGUAUCUUUGCAGAUUUUAUAAAAAUACAAAAAAGUCA